GUUCACUUGCCGGACGUUACAGCACCCUAGUUGGUAACAGCGAAUGAUGUUCCGUCAUAGGUGACGACACGGGGAAAAUGGGCGGGAAUACCGCCCCCAAAUUGCAGUCUCCAACCAGGUCGGACCACACCGCAUAAAGGCCGCGGCGCGGGCGGUGGUAGCCUAAGUGUUUCAAGCGUCUAGGAAGUGCAGUGAGUUUACCAUGUCUGGUCGGGGCAAGGGCGGCAAGGGGCUCGGCAAGGGUGGCGCCAAGCGCCACCGCAAAGUGCUGCGCGACAACAUCCAGGGCAUCACCAAGCCGGCCAUUCGCCGUCUGGCUCGGCGCGGCGGCGUCAAGCGCAUCUCGGGGCUCAUCUACGAGGAGACGCGUGGCGUGCUCAAGGUGUUCCUGGAGAACGUGAUCCGCGACGCCGUCACCUACACGGAGCACGCCAAGAGGAAGACGGUCACGGCCAUGGACGUGGUCUACGCGCUCAAGCGCCAGGGUCGCACCCUCUACGGCUUCGGCGGCUAAAGCCUUGCGCUCCCAUCGCCACUAAAACCCAAAGGCUCUUUUAAGAGCCGCACACUUAAGCUGGAAAAGAGCUGUGUCACAGUGUUGCAAGAUGUUAGUCAAGACACCGACGAUAUUAUGUUAAAGCCUUAUUAACGCUCAUAAAGCAAUUCUACUGAGACUUAAGUAGUGCAGUUAAUUGUGUAACAGGUGUUAGCAAUGAAAUCGUCUUUACUUUGGAAUCGGUCUUUUGUGUUUCAAGUUCUCUUAAAAAGUAUCACUUCUAAUGCUCUGUAAUAAGGUAUUUUUCAAUGGUCCCCAAUAUAAACAAUAAUGUAUAAAUUAUGUCUUGAUUUUAAGAAUUGCGUUUAAUUGAGUAUAAAGAAAUUUGAGCAAUGUAUACAACUAGGAAAAAAUUGGAAAGUUUCUGUGAGACAAAUGCUUUCUGUCUGAUAUUUCUUUUACCUGCCCUUCAUUUGUCUUUUACUUUAAAAAUAAAAAAAUAAAUCUA